AUGAGUCUUAAAACAUAUCAACAUGAACAAAUAAGAAAUUGUUGUGAUGAUUCUCUUCUUUCAGAAGAAACAACAACAAUAAUAAAGGAAACUGAGGAAGCGCAGCGGAUAUUACCUUAUUUGUGUCCACUGUGUUUUUCUAUUGGUAUCCGACAACCAGUACUUUUACAUUCAUCAACACAAACGGAAGUUAAGAACUCUGUAUGUAUUGCAUGUGCAGAAUGCGCAAAACGUUGGUUCAAUAUGAAUGCUUCUAUAGACUCCACAAGAAGCAGUUGUAUCAUUACAGGUCAUAAUAAUAAUAAUAAUAAUAAUAAUAAUAAUAAUAAUAAUAUGAAUAAUAAUAAUGAGGCUAUGUUGAUUCCAUUACAAUGUCCACAGUGUAUGGUAACCAUUCCCUCUAAUAUCACACCAGUCCCCUUCACUACUUGUCCAAUGAACAGUGUUAUUAAAAACUGUAAAGUUCAUAUUGAUAAUAACCAGAGUCCAUUUACAACAACAAAAACAAAAACAACAAAAGUGUCUGGAUCUAUUUGUGGUAUAUGUGAAGAGGCGACAGCAGAUCAAUUCUGUGUACCGUGUGGAUUUCCACUUUGUGUAUCUUGUCAAGAGUCCUCACAUCAACGUGGACGCUAUCGUACACACAACGUCGUUCCUCUGCGUGCGGCUCCUCAACGGCGUAAAGUUCACAUGUGCGAAACGCACACAACACAAACACUUGAGUUGUAUUGUUUUACGUGCAGCGCGGCGGUUUGUCUCACCUGCUGCUUUGGCGGUCAUCACAAGGGACACACCGUAGAGCCACUCGCAGAUGUGGCGGAGAAGAGACGAUGGGAAGUACGCCAAGAAGUAAAGGAACAACAAGAAGAUGCCGUUAACGCUGGUGAAACGGUAAGGAGUUUACAUGCCGCAACUAUUUCUUUAGAAACACGUUUUGCCAAAGUGCGGGAGAUGAUACAACAACAAUUUGACACUCUCCGCUCUGUUCUGAACUCACGGGAAGAGGAAUUACAACAAGAAUUGAUACAAUAUGAACAUUCAGUGAAGAAUGCAAUGACACAACGGGCAUUACAGUGUGAAAGUAUAUCGAAUGCCGUAGAAGAAAUGGCUGGACGUGUGGAGGAUGUAAUCAACUCAACAGAUGCAGUGGAGUUGAUGGGAUUUGAUACGAUAUUAAAGAAGAGUAUAGGUAUAUUAGGUACGGUCGCCACACAAACCUUUAUGGAUAGUCAUAGUGCUCUUCAAAUAGUAGAGGAGAGAUUAACAUGUGAAGAUGGCGUCGUUGCAUUUUCAACUACACAACAAGAAAAAGAUGAAUGUGUAAAACUUUUAAAUGGAUUUGGAUCUUUACAAUUUCCUUUAUUAAGUCAUCGUACUAUUUCUAUAAGUGGUACUAAUGUGGAUGAGGUUCCUAAUAGUGAAAAGGAAAGAAUGAAUAAUGAUGUUUAUAUGGGGACAAAAAAUUCAUUAUCUAUUGAUCAUUUUAUGAAUUCAAAAAAUUUUCAAAUAAAAGAGGAUGAUACUUUUAAAAUACAUGAGAGAUCAUCUCUACAAUGUGUACGGGAUUCAUUCCAUCCAAUAUCUCAACAACGGGAUACCACUCCGAGUGUAUGUGCAGCCGCAGCUCUUACGGCUCCCUUUUCUUCCUAUGGAAGUCCAUCGCAGGAACUCCAACUUGUAUGGGAUCAUCAUCAACUAAGGAAUACAGAUGAUUGUAUGAGAAGUACUGUUCCAUCAUUAAUGAUUCCUUCAUCCAAUAUCUCUAAUAUAGGAACGACAGUGGUGGACAAUACUACUACUUUUACUUCUUCUUCUUCUGUAUCUUCACUAUCCUUUCGUAAAGGGACAGAAUUGCAUGGAUUGCAAACCCGUAAAAGAUUACUGGAUAUAGAUAUCAAUACGGUAACUGAUAAAGAAAUGUUGAAGUUGAUGCCAUCCUGUAAGCAGCGAAAGAUGGUAUCAGAGGAAAAUCUCUCUGGAACUAUAGAGGAUGGUGCCAAGGGAUUGAUUUUAUCCAAACGUACUGUUAAACCAGACGAUGGGGUUACUUCCACCUCAUUAUUGCAAGAAGGUAAAAAGGUAAAAUUAAUAGACAUUAGUGGUAAAAGUGAUGAUAGUAUUACUCCUACUGCUGCUGUAGGUUCAUCACUUCAUCUGCAAUUACAAUUCUAG